UUACACUUCUCCACUAAUUGGUCAGAAGAUGUGCAUCUAAUUUCAUCACAUAGCGGCAAGUCUAAACAAGUGUUAGUCAAUGCCUUUGUCGUUUCUUUACUUUGUCACUAAAGGGUUGAGAAUUUUAUAAAUAAUCGAUUGUUUCCUAGAUAUUUAGCUCAAACCACAUAAUCUACGAUCGAUCUUUAACUGAAGAUCGAUUAAGAUUUAUCACUUGAUUAGAAACACUACCUAUUUCAUAAAUAACUGUAUAACUUUUGCUUCUCAACUAAGCCAUUGGAUUUUCGGAACGGUUUGAGGUUUCAAUCGAAUACAGUUGUUAUGGCAGAGGACCAUGAAAAUGGUGCUGAUGAUUUGAAAAUUGUGAACAGAAACAGGGAAUAUUAUGUCUCUAAAAAGCUCAUUUGUUCAUCUGUGCCUUACUUCGAGAAAAUGUUUUGCUGUGAUCUAUUGGAAUCAAAAGAAAACAAGGUUGAAAUGGACUUCGACGAACGCGUCUUUGAUGCUAUCCUCGAUUGGAUUCAUUCUGGAUCAUUCUUUAUCAAAAUGAAUUAUGUGAUUAGGUUUUACGACGCAACUGAUUACUUGAUGAUAAAUGAAAGUUUAUUAAAACCAUUUCUCUCUUAUUUUUAUGAAAACUUCACUAUUAAACAUCUUCCAGUUAUUUUACCUCAAGUCACCAAAGUGUCCAAAUUGUUGAGCUCUGGAACUCUAGACAGCAUUAUUUGUCGCCGUUUUUUGUUGAUUGCCAAUACGGAUAUUUUCCUGAAUUAUCCACUCGAGACAGUUGAAACUAUUCUUCGAUUAGAUUUGAUGGUUUACUCUGAAUACCAAAUCUUUGAAUCCAUCUUGCAAUGGGUAUAUGAAGAUGAUUCCAGAGAAAAAUGGUUUCCUCAGUUAUUGAGCUGCGUUCGUUGGUCUUUCAUGGAUCCUGUUGCUAUUUCUAAGAUAAAGAAUAAUGAAUUAAUAAAAACUCUGUCUAAUUUCGAUACAUUUAUCGAAACGAAUAGGGACUGUGGAUUUAAUCGGAGUAAUCAAAGCUUCUUCGUCUCUAUCCAUCGAGUAGGCAAUACAUUGUUACGGUUAAAAGUGCUUGAUAAUGAAUUAUUUUGUUUUUCGGUUGGUGAGUUUACUCAAGACGAUUCAAUGUCACUUGAAUUUGUUCAUGGAGAAAACACUUCAGAUAUUUUAUUUGAUUCUGGAACCAAAGGUAUUCGCAUUGAUUGGGUUAAAAAGACAUAUCGAUGGAUCAACUUUAAAGCUGCUAAUAAAACUUACCACAGUAAAUUAAGAAACUUCAUUGUAGAGGUUUGGUUCAAAAGAAAUUCUUGUUACCUGGAAGACAAAGACGCAAAACUUUCAUUUCCGCUUUACUCAGAAGAUUACUUACUCCUUGAAUCUAAUGGUAAAUUCAUUGUGAUUGGUAAAACUAAAGGCACCAAAAAAUGGUUUGGUAUGUUUCCUGUUACUCAUCCAAGUUGGUUCAAUUAUGAAGAUCAUGCACACUCUUUCAAAGCCACUGUACUGGACGAUGUUGUUUAUAUAUUGACUAAGGAUCUUGAAUUCAUCCAAUUCAAUUAUGAAACUCGAUCCUUUUAUAAGAGUGAACCGUUCAAAGGAAAAAAAUGGAAUUUCAAUAAUUUAAUCUUAACUUCACAUCAAACAAAGGAUAACAAAGUUAUUUUGGUCAACAAAUCAUCAGGAAAAGUACGUUAUUUCUGCAUUAAUCAGAAGAAAUGGAUCGGAAAAUAUCGUAUUUUGAAUGUAAACUUUUGCUCCAACAACUCUCAUGUUUAUGUUGAUAUGUUAAUUGCCUUUACGUCAACGUUUUUACCGAUUAAAGAUAUCAAACCUUUGUACAGGCAAUGCUUUUAUUAACUUUGAACUAUCUGUAUCACAUUCAGAUUUGCAUAUUUCUCGGUGUC